AUGGGUCAGGAUGGCGAACGACAGUGCGAGUGGCAACGCGUAAUUGAGAGCUACUCCAAAGCAUCCAUAACCGGCUUUCACAGUAUUCAUUCUCGCACAUCUGAUCAUGAUCGCAUGUACACAGUCAGAACGACUAUGGGCCCAGCCUGUAGUCGCUGCCUCACUAGCGUGCAGAGAACUUGGCCGGCGCCUGUCGCAGUCCGUAUUGUCCAACAAAUCAUCAUGACUUUUCGUCGGCAGCCACCAAAGAAAAGGGACAGAACCAACGAGAACUGCGACAAAGCGGUCAAAAACAUCAUGUGGCGUUAUGAGCAGAUGCGACGACGAUAUGGAGCCGACGUGUACGUCCAAGUCCGCUUCAAAAGCAGGCACUAUGAGUACACGUCUUCCGAUAAGCCCGAGUUCCCCUGGUCCAGAGCUGAGUUGAAAGCGACCUACCCUGUCCCGGUAGCAAGAUCACCACUGGACUACACGGAAAGAAGAUCUCGAAGCGUCGUUGAAGGUCAAUCUAGCGUAAGCAGCGGUUGA